UGAGCGAGCGGGGCGGUCCCGCCCAGCCAGUCCUGCCGCGUCAGGAGCCGCGGCCCCGCAGGCCCCGCUCCCCGGCUGGUUCCACAAGUUUUUGACAGUUUCUCCGCGGCGCAGGGAGCAGGCGAGGCUGCCGCGGCGGGCCGGGCCGGGCCGAGGCGCUCUGCGGAGGACGAGGCCGUUCCCCCGGCCGCCUCCCCGCCGGCACCAUGUCCCGGGACCCCGAGGAGGUGAACAGGCUGACGGAGAGCACGUACAAAAAUGUGAUGGAGCAGUUCAAUCCAGGACUGAGGAAUUUAAUAAACCUGGGGAAGAACUAUGAAAAAGCUGUUAAUGCCAUGGUGGUGGCUGGAAGAGCGUAUUACGAUAGCCUUGCGAAGAUUGGGGAUAUAUCAGCUGAUUCUCCAGUUUCUAAAGAAUUAGGCCAAGUUCUCGUAGAAAUUUCAAGAACACACAAGAAACUCAAUGACAGUCUAGAGGAGAGUUUCAAAAAAUUUCAUAAAGACAUUAUAUCUGAACUGGAGAGGAAAACAGACCUGGAUGUAAAAUACAUGACGGCAACUUUAAAGAGGUACCAAACGGAACACAGAAGCAAACUGGAUUCCUUAGAGAAGUCCCAGGCUGAGCUGAAAAAAAUCCGAAGGAAAAGCCAAGGGACACGAAAUGUACUGAAGUACGAACAUAAAGAAAUGGAGUAUCUGGAAACGGUGAGCUCCCGCCAGAGCGACAUUCAGAGGUUCAUCGCAGAAGGCUGCAGAGAAGCUCUCCUUGAAGAGAAGAGGAGAUUCUGUUUCCUGGUUGACAAGCACUGCAGCUUUACCCAGCACAUGCACUUCUACCACAUCCAGUGUGCGGACUUCCUGAAGGCCAAGCUGCCCGGCUGGCAGGAGAUCUGCAGCGACGCCACCAAAGUGCCUGAAAAAGUCCGAAUGAUGAUCGAUGAAAUAAGGACGCCAGGGUCCACCCCGGUCUCAGGAACUCCACAGCCUUCACCAAUGAUAGAGAGAAGCUCCCUGAUUGGAGAUGACUUUCAUCCUCACCACGACAACGCGUCGAAGGUGCCCCCGGCGCCCCCCGGCCGGGCGUUCACCAGCCCGCUGGUCGACAUGUUCAACAACCCCGCGGCGGCUCCCAGGCCGUCUCCUGAAAAGCCACCCGGUUCAGCAGAGAAUUCGGACGAUGCCAGUUUAUCGCGCUCAGCUUCUGUUGCCACGGGACUGAAUAUAAUGAAGAGGCAAAAAGUAAAGACAAUUUUCCCACAUACUGCUGGAAGUAACAAGACGUUGCUCAGCUUUGCACAGGGCGACAUCAUCACGCUCCUCGUAGCUGAAGAAAAGGAUGGCUGGCUGUACGGGGAACACGACUCCACCAAACUAAAAGGAUGGUUUCCAUCAUCAUACACUAGACCACUGCAAGAACCAGCAGGAGAAAAAGCGUUUGUCCCAGUUCCAAGCCCUGCACCAGUCCGCAGUGUUAGUUCUGUAAAUCUUGUGGAAAAAGGAGACGUUGUCCUCCCACCGCCAGACUAUCUGGGCUCUUCACAAACAGAUAAAGGAGUGGAGUCUGCCAAAGGUACGACUGUUAAAACACCAACCGACAGACCGGAAAAUGCAGGUCCGAAACCUGACCUGAAUGGCAUUAUAAAACCACCUUUUCUAAGUGGAGAAAACCCUUUUGCAACUGUGAAACUCAGACCAACGGUAACGAACGACAGAUCAGCGCCCAUUAUUCGGUGAAGAUACCUGGUCCGUACCCUGUGCUUCCUCCGUAUAAGGACCAUUCUCAGUAAUGACAACUACUAUCUAAACUGGCUCUAAAAACUUAUUUAAAUUUAAUUACUGUACCAUAGAAUCAUACUGGAUGGAUUCUGAUUUUCUCGAAAACCUGUACUUUCUAAUGAGUUAAUUGCUUUGGGCUGAUGUUUGAGCACUUAGGCUUGACUUUACAGUGUCCUCUUUGUAGUAGGAAUUGUGCAGAUCCUGGAGCUAGUUUGGAGCUAGUUAAACCAGUGUAACUAGUAGCUCACAACUCCGAGUCUCUGUCAGUCGUUAUUUGGAAACCAAUGGUAAGUUCUAGAAUAUAAACCUGCACCUGCCACUUACUAAAUAAGACGAUUUUCUUUUCCAAACAGAACAAUGUAACAGCUGCCUUAUUCCAGAAUAGAGAAUCGCCUGUAUAAAGUGAUCAUGCGUCAUUUUGUUUAAGACAGACACACUAGGUUAUAAAUAAAUAUUUAUCCCUUAAGAAUAGACAAUUUGUAAUGCUUUGCUUCAUGUUCAGAUAUACAUUUUUCAAGUGUCAACAUAAAUCUAUUUUGUCUAAUGUACUGUCCACACAUUCUUCAAUGAUCAUUCUCUUUAAAACACGUUGUCAAACUUCAGUCUUAUAAAAAGUCAUAAUAAAACAGUGCCAUGUUUUUUCUGAA